GAAAAUAAAAAGAAACAUCAUUUUUGUAUUUUUAAAUUACAAAUUUAACAAGAGUGUUUAAAGGUGGUGCAAAAUAUAUAUAUAUGAUGUUAUAUAAUUAUAUUUUUAAAGAAUAAAUAUAUUAUUCGUUGAUAUAAGAAAUUGUGCCAGUUGCAAAGUAUGUAAUUCAUAUAUACAUAUAGGUAAAUUUAGUUAUUUAAUAAAAAUUUUAUUGAAUAGAGGUGUGUAUAACGAAAAGAAUGCUACAUCUAGAGUCUAAUAUUACUACAAUUUUAAAAUAAAAUAAAUUAAUUUCAAACCAAUUCGUGGAUUUAAUAUUUUAAUUAAUGAAUAAAGAAAGCUUUAAUAUUUUAAGUAUACUAAUUUAAUAAUGAAUUAUAAAUUAUGAAAUAUUCUUACAAUCUCACUGGAUAAUUAAAACAUAAACUUUUAUUUAAUUAGAAACUUAACUUUUGCUAUUAUAUAAGACAAAAUUAACUGUUAUAACUAUUUGAUAAAAAACCAAAAAGAAAAACAAAAAAUUUAUUUCGAAAAUGAAUUACGAUCAAAUUUUAGAAAAAUGUGGAAAUUUCAAUCGUUAUCAAUUUGUUUUACUAGGAGUUUUUGCUUUCAUAAAUUUUAUGUUAGCAAUGCAUUAUUUUUCACAAACUAUUAUUAGUUUUGUUCCAGAACAUUGGUGUCAUCAUGAAAAGCUGGAAAAUUUGUCUUUUCAUCAGAUUAAAGAGAUUUAUAGUGGAUUCGAAAAUCCAUCUUGUACAAAAUUAAGUGAUAUUGUUGAUGGAAGAGGUAUACCGGCCAAGGAUGAAAUUUGUGACAGGUGGAUUUAUAACUAUGAAUUUGGAUAUAGAAGUAUGACAACCGAGUUAAAUUGGGUGUGCCAUUCAUCAUUUAAAUCAACAAUUGGUCAAUCAUUUUUUUUCGUUGGUUCUGUUGUUGGAACGAGUGCUUUUGGUGUUUUAGCUGAUAAAUUGGGGCGAUUACCAGUUAUAAUUCUUUCAAAUUUAACUGGUGCUUUUGGAGAUUUUGUCACGUCAUUCUCGAACACAGUAGUAACAUUUUCAUUUUGCCGUUUUUUGUCUGGUUUAGCUGCUGAUUCAAAUUAUUAUAUGACAUACAUAUUGGUUUUAGAGUAUUUACGUCCGUCCAUGCGUACUACUGGAUUAAAUUUUGUAACCGGUAUAUUUUAUCCAGCCGGCUUAGUAGCAUGCCCAUGGCUUGCAGUUUGGGUUGGACAUUGGCAAAUAUAUUUGUGGUGUGCUUCAAUUCCUUUGGUGAUUGUGAUAUUUUCCUAUUUCAUUUUGAUUGAAAGUCCGCAGUGGAAUGUAACACGAAAAGAUUACAAUGGAGCGGUGCAAAAUUUAAAAAGAAUGGCGAAAUUUAAUGGACGUGUAGUUCCGGAAGAAACUUUCAAAGCAUUUGAAGAUUAUUAUUCAGAGAAAAACGAAGAAACGGAUACAAAAGUUAAUUUCUUUACAAUGUUCAAAACUCCAAGGUUAAGAAAAUUAACUAGCAUUCUUCUGUUCAAAUCUGUUGUUAUUACUUUAUGCUACGAUGUUGUUUCGAGAAAUGUUGAAAAUAUGGGAAUAUCAGCUUUCAUAAUGUUUACAAUUAGCUCAAUGGCAGUUUUGCCGUCUUGCAUGUCUGUUGUAUUAUUACAAGAUCGUUUGGGUCGGAAAGCUAUGGCAUCAAUGUCAUUAUUCAUUGGUGGUGUAUUUACAGCUGCAACUGGUAUUAUAGUUGCUUAUCAACAACAAUAUCAAAAUGUUGCUCUAUUAGCAUGUAUGCUAUUUAUUGCACGUUACGGUGUUUGCAUUUCUUAUGAAUCAUCAGCCCAGUAUGCAGCGGAAUUAAUUCCCACAUGUGUUCGAGGACAAGCUGUUGGAGCUGUUCAUUUAUUUGGUUAUGGUGUGACAUUUUUGAGUGCCUACAUAAUUUAUUUGGGAAAAUUUUUUAAACCAUUGCCAUCUAUAAUAUUAUGCAUUUUAUUGUUUAGUGGUUCAUUUUUAUGUCUUCUGCUCCCUGAAACAAUGAAUAAACAAUUGCCAAAUACACUUGAAGAUGGUGAAAAAUUCGGAUUAGGAGAGAAAAUGUUUGAUUUUCCAUGGACAAAAAAACAAAAGGAGAAAAUGUCAGAUGUUAAUGAAACAGACCGGCGCCCUUCUGUUUUGUCUAUGUCAAUGAAUUCUCUAAAAUCAAUGUGAAAAUUAAGAAAUCGCCUUAAAGUAGGUUAAAAAAUAUUUUAAUGUAUUCCGACUUAUGUUUAAUAUUAAUUUUUUAAACAACUUCCAAGAAGUAUAGAUAAAUUGGUCGGUUGGAAAUAAAAUUAAUUUUUGGUUUGUAGUUUACAAUUUUGCAAAAAAUUAGUUGUAAGGUUGAGUAAGUUUUCUCAUUGACCAAUUUAAUGUGUAAGAGAAUCCUAAAAAAUUGUUUAAAAUCUUAUAGAAAUUGAUUAAUUGAUUUUGCUGCUAUAUUGAUUAAUUGUGAGGCUUUUUCUUGAUUUAUUAUUAAUUAGACCUAAAACGGUCAAUUUACUUGUAUUGCAGUAUUAAUUUAUGAAUUCUUUAUUUGAUAUAAUAAUAUAUAAAUUCAUCAAAAUCUUUAAUUAAAUUAUUCUUAUUAUUAUUAUUGAUCAAUCUAUUAUUAUUGAAAUUUGAAGUUUAAUAAAUUGUAUUUAUUUGAUUUCUAAUUUGAAGAAUUUAACUUGCAAAAUAUGAUUUAUAAAACCAUAACGAAAGUGUAGUAAAUGCUCAAAAAUAUUAUACAUAUAUCUAAAAGUAUAAGGCUAAUACUGUAUCUUAAAGAAUUUUUUGAAUCAAAUUUAAGUUAGAUUUUAAGAAAAAGUUUGUUGGUUUUAUAGAUGGCUGCAUUAAAAAUUUGGUUUAUUAAAAGUACAUAAUAAUAAUUUUGAAGCUUAAAAUAUUUUCCUCGAUUAUUGGAGAGCUAUAAGAUUUGAGAAUAAUUGAGAAUAUGUACAUAUAAAAAAAAACCUUUUAAUGGAAAAUAUUUUCUUUAGAAAAAAAAUAUAGCAGUUACAAAAAAAUUUCAAGCUUAAGUAAAGUAUAUGAAUACUCUGCAACUUCUAAGUUUUUGCAAAAUAAAUUUUGAAAAAAAACAAAACUUAUUAAUACUUUUGGGUAAACAACUUUUUGAAAUAACCAUAAUGUUACAAGAAUAUUUCAUACACAAUGACUAAUCUAAUAGCAACUUUAAAUAAAAUGAACUGUACACUUUAUGCACGUUAAACACUUAAAAGUAAUUAUUUUACUUAAACAAAAGAAAAACACCCUAUUUUACACAUUCGACUUUAAAAUUCGUUUUAAAUUUUUUAUUUGUUUUCGAAUUUACAUAAAUCACAUUAGACUAAGACAAAUUUAUUGUUAAUU